CGUCACAACGGGAAGAUCAUGGAAACAGCAAUCAGUCAAAAUUGUCGUAGAUCUGUCCGUGGCGGUAAAGAGAGAAGUCCUAGAGCCAUCGCUGCUUCAGCUUCAUGCACCUAAUCUACCCGCUAAGUUAGCAUUGUAACUGACUAGCACAAUGACACGUUUCAGGGCCGGUCGACCCAUAUCCACCGCCCCUCAUUCGGACGAUAUCCCAACGUCAAAGACGCGACAGGACGUAACCUUGGCGGGAAGAGACAGGUAGAAAACCCAGCUGAUGACUAAUUCGUGCAUAAAUUAGACGGCAAACCAGUUUCCGUCGCGGGCCCGUUGUUUCCUGAAGCUUCUAUACGUAGUAUAAAUAUUGGACGCAGGAACUUUGGUAAGAGGGGUUUGUUCUGAGGGGUUCUUUUCCUAUCUCCAUCCCGAUCACAACAUUUAAACUCCCCAUUGCAACAUCAGAUAAAAAUCUCUUUACUUACCACAACUCUUACAACUUGACACCAACUCAACUUCACUCACCUAACAACCAUGGCUCCUUUCGGCAAGAUUUACUCCUACCCCAACAACUUCCGUGUUGAGCGGGCCCAAGUUGUUGCCGCCUACAAUGGUCUCGAAGUCCCGCGCGUCGAGGACUUCAAGAUGGGCGUUGACAACGCGUCGCCCGAUUUCUUGGCCAAGUUCCCCAUGGGAAAGGUCCCGGCCUUCGAGGGUGCGGACGGGUACUGCGUUGCGGAGUCUGCCGCCAUCGCCACCUACAUCGCCCUCUCGGGACCCAAGAAGGACCAGCUGAUGGGCGCCGACGCCAAGACCCAGGCCACGAUCUCGGAGUGGAUUUUCUUCUCGGAGAGCGAGCUGGUCGGCAACAUGCUCCCGCCCGCCGCCAUGGUCGUCUUCAAGAUGACACCUUACAAUGAGCAGCUCUACAACACAUGCGUCUCGCGCGCCGAGCGUGCGCUGAAGCGAGUUGAGGUCGCGCUCCAGGGCAAGAAGUACCUGGUCGGCGACCAGGUCACGCUCGCCGACAUCCUCGUCUCCGGCGUGCUGUUCUUCGCCUCCAAGUUCCUGAUCGACGCCGAGAUGCGCAAGGACCUUCCCAACGUCUUUUCGUGGCUGCAGCACCUGGCCACGCUCCCGGAGUUCAAGCCCCUCGGCGAACUGUCCCUCUUGGAGACUCGUGCUAAGCCUUGAAAGAAGUAUUGAUCAUUGACGUCCGUGGAUGAGAAGGUCAGCGAUUAAUAAUGUACAUCAAUCUUCGCGGCUGCAUUUCUCGAACACUGUUGUCAAUAGUGUAAGAGAGGGGUUGAUCAGAAGCCAAGUCUGAACUAGAGUACGCCCUAUGUUUUACAUGUCCGUUCGGAGGAAGAGUGGACCAGUCAGCGCGAUGAUGAUGUCAAAUAACCAACCAAAAUAAAAAUAUAUUUAAGCUUACAAAUACCCUGCCCCUU